AUGGCUGAAUACGUUCUAAAACAUUACAAUUAUUUAAAACUGAUGACGAAUAUUCACGAUUACCAUAUGACUCUGGGAUUACUGAAUGAUAUGAAUGAAGAGCAAAUGUUGGCCUUGGUGGAGAUCGUUCAAGGGUUGCUGGACGGACGUAUUCACGUCGGAGCAGGACAGAAACGUCGAUUUUUACAGUCUAACAAUGAAUAUCUGAACAUGAUGAAAAUGCUCCAACCAGUAUGUUUAUCUCGAGUUAUCGAUAUCUCAAGCUUGUUGGUCCGGUCCCUUCAGCAUCGAGAUAAAGAAGGGUCUGAGGGAAUAACCUACGAUGUCCACGUAUUUAUGCAGAAUCAGACGUGGUACUUGCUUGAUGACAAAGGAUAUCUACCACACGAUACGGUCACUGACUUGAAUCCAAACACAACGAUGUCCUUGUCACAAGCUGAAAGUGACGACUAUGUGAACGAAGCCAGUAACGAGACGCACGUGAAAGAGGAACAUGAUAAACAAGACCAUGAGAGAUAUGAACCUUACGCAUGGGACAUGUUCAAGCCGAAUGAAGACGAGGAGGUCUCUAGGUCAGCAGAGUUAGAAGUAUGGAAGACCGUUAACACCAUAAUAAAAAUUCUCACCUGCACAGUUUUCUUUGGAAUCGUUCUGUGCACGGCGGUUAUUUCAAAACUCACCUUCCUCAUGAUGACGUAUUACAUCAAUCCUCAAAACAGAGACUUCGACGUCACAAACCCUGGUGCGCGCGGAAGUGACGCAGUCUUCAGAAUCAAGCCGUCUGGAGCCACGGACGUGAAGUGGGUGUGGGGGUUAAUGAUAUGCAUAUGUACUCCGUACAUCUUCACGUUUAUUUUGAGAUUGUGGCAACUGAUUACCGAGAGGAAAUCGAAAUCUGACGUUCAGCUGGCAGAAGCAAAUGUCGUGCCUAAGGACAAUGAAGACAAUCUGUGUUGCGUGCCUCUUUUUGUGGCCUUAGUCGUCGAAACUGUCCAUUCCAUUAGCCUCUGCAUGCUGGUGUUCUUUGUCAUACCAUGUCUGGAUCCUCUCGUAGGAUGUCUACUGACAACCAACAUUGCGGUGAUUCCCAGCUUUCUGAAGUUGAUGGACACGUCUACGUUAAAUGACACAGACAAGGCGCAAAAUAAUUAUUUUUCAUCGUACAGUUCGGUCAGUGGGACUCAUCCAAUUGUUAAAAACAUUAAAAUAGCAUUAGCAAUAGCUUGGGCUGCCGCUCGUCUAGCGGUUAGAAUUAUUAAAAUUACAUUACACGCAACUUCUGCACCCGCCCAGCUCUUAGCAUUAAUUCUAUGGACAACAAAAGUGACUCUUAAAAUCAAGUCUGUGACUUUGUCGGUGGUACUUCCGGUGAGUCUCAUUUUCAUUUCCAUUACCUGGUGGCAGAAUUUUGUCAGAAAUGACGGCUUCUUAGGUAAAAUAAAGAAAGAUAUCAAAGAACAGAAAGUGAAAAUAGACCUAUUGACAUCACUGUGGAAAACAAUCCUCACCUUCAUAAUGCCUUCGGUGAUGUUCGCAUAUGGCAAUAAGAAUUGCAUCCAGACGUUUUACUUCAUGCGCUCAAACGCAUCUGAGUGCUCACUAUUGGGCAACAUAGUCCUGACUAACAUCAGUCCACCCACAGAAUCGUCCUGCCACGACAGCUUUCCUUUGAUCAUAGCCGCCGUCAACAUCCUCUCCAGUGCCGUCUGCUACAAGAUUGCGCAGGCGUGCUGCCAGGUUCGAGCACAGAUCGUCUGCUUCUCCUUGCCUCUCCUCCUGGCAACACCUACCACGUUUCUGUUCCUUCUUCUCUCCUACUCGACCAGCAACACGAAUUUAUUGUUCCUUCAGUGCGUCACCUCUUGGGUGGAACCCAUCUCAGACAUGUCCGCCGCUUUGAGAGGAUACACCAUUGACUUCUGGAUUCCACUUGCCAUAGUGACGUACAUCACUCUGUUUUACGAUAACAACCGGGAGGAAACGAAGGAGACGGCAAUGAUUUACGUCUGCGCGACAAUGUGGCACGAAUCUGAACAGGAAAUGGCGCAGUUAAUCAGAUCGUUACUCAGAAUUGACGAAGAUCAAAAUGCCAUACAGGAGAGUAAUGAGUGUUAUAUGUUCGAAGCUCACAUAUAUUUUGAUGACGCGUAUGAAUACGACAACGGGGGCGACGUCGACUUCAGAGUCAACAAAUACGUCAAACGACUCUGUUGGAUCCUCAACGGCGACGCAAAGGCAAAACUGAAAAUAAGGGCGAACCUCUGUAACCCUAAGAAGACUGCCACUCCCUAUGGGAGUAGGUUGGAGUGGACACUGCUGUUUGGUAACACGCUGACUGUACACCUGAAAAACAGACUGAAAAUACGAAAAGGAAAGCGAUGGAGCCAGGUUAUGUACAUGCACUACUUCCUGGGGCACAGACUGGCGCACGUUCCUGUAGAGCAGCGGAUGAAUAUCGCCAAUAACACGUUCAUACUGGCGCUCGACGGAGACGUCGACUUCCAGGCCGAUGCUCUGCGCAUGUUGAUGGAUAGGAUGAGGCGGGACCCAAAUGUUGGAGCAGCGUGUGGGCGGAUACAUCCUAUUGGUUCGGGUCCUAUAGUAUGGUACCAGAAGUUUGAAUACGCCAUCAGCCAGUGGUUGCAGAAAGCAACGGAGCACGUGCUUGGCUGUGUCCUUUGCAGCCCCGGAUGUUUCAGCCUGUUCCGGGGAUCAGCUUUGAUGCAUUGUGACGUCAUAGGAAAAUACAGCACCCUUCCCACGGAGUCCCGUGAUUACAUUCAAUGUGAACAAGGUGAGGACAGGUGGCUGUGUAAUCUUCUGCUUCAGAACGGUCACCGAGUGGAGUACUGCGCAGCCUCAGACUCGUUCACCUUUGCCCCGGAAGGGUUUAAUGAGUUCUUCAAUCAGCGGAAGCGGUGGAUUCCAUCAACAAUAGCGAACACACUGGAUCUUCUGCAAAAUUGGAAGAAGGUGACGCGGGUGAACAACAACAUCUCGUGUGUGUACAUCAUGUACCAGAUCCUGCUGAUGGCGUCCUCCAUCAUCACCCCCGGCACCGUCUUCCUGCUCGUGAUGGACGCCAUUGACCUGGCGAUCCCCAACUUCCCCGUGUACGCCUCCCUCAUCAUCAACAUCAUCCCCAUCGUUGUGUUCGUGCUCAUCGUGCUGUUUGCACACACCGAUACGCAGUUAUUGUAUGCAAAAGUUCACACCACAAUAUACAGCUUAGUAAUGAUGCUGAUUCUGGUGGGGCUGAUGUACAAGCAUCACUUCAAAUUGUUCUUCUUGAUUCUGGUGGGGCUGAUCUACAAACAUUACUUCAAAUUGUUCCUCUUCCCCCUUCAUUUUCAGUUAUUUUACGCCAAAGUCCUUACCACAUUAUAUAGCCUAGUAAUGAUGCUGAUUCUGGUGGGGCUGAUCUACCAGGCAGCGGAAUUCGGCUACUGCUCUGUGUCCACCAUCGUCCUGACAGUGUUGAUCGUCAUAUUCCUCGUCUCGGCCAUUUUACACCCGCAGGAGUUCACCUGCGUUUUUCACGGGAUAUUUUACUUUCUGUUCAUCCCUUCUGUAUCCAUGCUGCUCAUGAUCUACGCCCUGGGAAAUAUGCACGUGGUGUCGUGGGGCACGCGUGAGAACAGUCCGGCAGCGUCACCUACCGAGCUGGAGGGUAAAGUGAGUCGUAAUAGAUUUCAAACAUGGUGGAAGAGACUUGCUAGACGACCAGACGACGAUGGUUCUGUUGGAAGGAGUAGGUCGUCGUCGUCCCCAUCAUCGUCCUGGCUGCGCUGUGCUGUUAAGUGUGUCUGUUUAUCGGACGCCAGUGCCCAGGAUUAUGACAGUAAGUUCAAGGUGAUCAUGGACACUCUGGAGGCGAUGGUCAAGGACGAUGACAGCAGGUUCAAGGUCAUCAUGGAAAGACUGGAUGAGAUGGAGGGUGCGCCUACUGAUGCAACUGUGUCAGAGUCUCAGUGUCUUCUCGGGACACAGGCUGAAACGACCGACCGAGUUUCUCAGCCUCCGUCGUGUGACACAGGUGACCAUCACGAAGUAAAGACAACACUUAAGUCAAUUGAAGAGGGACAACAACCAGGAGAACUACCAGAACACGAGGUCAAAUUCUGGUCCGAGAUAAUCGAGAAAUACUUAAACCCUAUCGCGAAAGACGCCGAGGAAGCAAAGAAAAUGGCGGACAAACUACUUCAGCUGAGGAACAGCGCUUGUCUGUUCUUCUUCAUCAUCAACAGCCUGUUCGUGAUCCUCAUCUCGACUCUCCAGAUCGCGUCCAAGUCCUCGAACAAUCUUUCCUUCAGCCUUCCCUGUGUCUCCGGACGGGCCCACAGUCAGAAGUUCGACCUGAUCGCCGUUGUCUUCAUGCUUGUCGUCGGCGUGUUGUUGGUCAUCCAGUUCCUGGGUAUGUUCUACCACAGGCUGUCCACCUUCCUGCACAUCGCUUCGUUCGUCAGCUUCACGGGUUUGGAGUCGUCGCGUGUGAAUGGAACAAAAACCACCUUGGAAAUGUCAGCAAGCACAACAGAUGAAGAUACGGAACUGCUUCUCAAGAAAGAACGACCUGAAAACAGAUGCAUAAGAGAUAGAGGUAAACGACAGUAUGGUGCAACGCCCGGCAGUGGCCUGCAGAAGAACACAGAUAGUCAAUCAGCAUCUCAGUGA